CUGAAGAGCAGCAGCUGUAACAUCAACCAUCCCAUCUUCCAAGAGGGCACUAAGGGCACCUUCAUAGUCACAUUUGAUGUCUCCUACAAGGCCACCCUGGGCAACAAGUUGCUUCUGAGGGCCAAUGUAAGCAGUGAGAAUAAUAAACCUACAACCAGCAAGACCACCUUUCAUCUGGAGCUCCCAGUGAAAUAUGCUGUCCACAUGGUGAUCAGCAGGAAGGAAGAAUCUACCAAGUACUUCAACUUUUCAACUUCUGAUGAGAAAAGUAAGAAAGAAGCUGAGCAUCGUUAUCAUGUGAAUAACCUGAGUCAGCGAGACGUGACCGUCAGCAUUAAUUUCUGGGUUCCUAUCCUGCUGAAUGGUGUGGCUGUGUGGGAUGUGGCUGUAGUGGCCCCUUCACAGAGUCUCCCAUGUGUGUCGGAGAGGGAACCUCCCCAGCAUCCUGACUUCCUGGCCCAGAUUCCAGGGAGUCUUGUACUGAACUGCUCCAUUGCUGACUGCCUGAGGUUCCACUGUGACCUCCCCUCCUUUGGCAUCCAGGAGGAUGUUGACUUCAUCCUGAAGGGCAACCUCAACUUUGGCUGGGUCAGCCAGACAUUGCAGAAGAAGGUAUUGGUGGUGAGUGUGGCUGAAAUCACAUUCAACAGAUCCGUGUAUUCCCAGCUUCCAGGACAGGAGGCAUUCUUGAGAGCUCAGACGGCGAUGGUGCUUGAAGCGUAUGAGGUCUAUGAUCCUGUUCCCUUCAUCGUGGGCAGCUCUGUGGGAGGACUGCUGCUCUUGGCUCUCAUCACAGCCAUCCUGUACAAGCUUGGCUUCUUCCAACGUCAGUACAAAGAAAUGCUGGAUAACAAACCUGAAGACACUGCCACAUUCAGUCAGGAGGAUGUCAGCUGUGAGGCCCCAAAUUUUCCUUUGUCCUACUAAUUCACUUUUCUGUUUGUCUCUACCCCCAUGGACUGGUCUUGCCUUUGCCUACAAAUCUACUUCCAUGGGAAAAAUUUCUGAAUAGAUCUGGACUUGUCUGAGCAACUUAUCAGGUGCUAAGCCAACUUCUCAAGGCAAUGAAAGGUUUUUAUAUUUUAAUAUAUUUGUCAGUUCUUCAGUAAUGACUCACUUUUUACAGAAGCAAACAUGAAGCCAGCAUGAAUUUUCAUAUAUAUAUAAAGAAUUGCCACAUUAAAUGAGGAUGUUUAUAACACA